GAAACGAGGGAAUGGCGACCAGCUGUGAAUCACCUCCGAAAACUCAUUAAUCCAAUUUUUUACAGAAAUUAACUUCAACUCUCCCAUAUCACUAUCGCCAUGGAGGAAAUUCUCGCCAAAUUGCUGGUGGCUGAUAAUUCCGUUAUCCAACAGGGAACUGCCGAGCUGAGGGCAGCUUUGGUCAAGCCAGAGAGCACUCCGAUGCUGUGUGAAUUGAUCGUGUCGUCUGUUAAUCCAGAGAUAAGACAAUAUGCAACUCUGUUGCUGCGAAAGAGAUACACGAAAGGAAAGCACUGGAACCAGCUUCCACCUACAAUCCGCAAUCAAGUGAAAGCAAUUCUGCUGCCAGGUCUAGUAAACGAGCCGGAUAAACAAGUGAAAAACGGGAUUGCCCAGUUAAUCGGAGUAAUCGUUAAGCAUGAAUUGCCCCACAAUACUUGGCCGGAGAUAUUCCAGUUCAUCCAGCAGCUCGUGACGAGCGAGAGCAUGACUGAUAAAGAAUUAGGCAUGUACACAUUAGCGACAAUGACAGGAAUGGCACCAGAGGUGUACCUCGCCCACGCAGCAUCCCUGAUGAGCCUGCUGGGUCAGACUUUCAGUGGUCUGCAAGACCUGGGUACCCCAGUUGCAUUCUAUAUCAUCCAGACGAUGCUACACCUGACGCCCUUGGUCGAGAAUAAUCAGGUGAUGGUGAAUGCCUACAACCAGAUGAUUCCAAUAGCGAUUAAUGCAAUCCAAGCACUGACAGCUACAAGCCAAGAAAAAGCCGCUGAGGCUAUGGAGCUCUUCGACGAUCUGUGCGAGAGCGCACCAACAGUCAUCUCCUCUCAUGUGAAGACUCUCAUCCCAAUGUGCCUGACAAUAGCCAGAAAUAAAAGCCUAGACGAUGAUCUUCGAGUCAGGUCCAUAAGCCUGAUUGGGUGUCUAGCCAGGACGAAGACGAAAGCUAUAGUCAAGCACAAAUUGGUGGAACCAAUAGUUGAUGUGCUGUUCGAACUCAUGGCCAGUCCGCCAGACGACGAGAACGAUGAGAUUUAUUUCAGUGGUGAAAAUGAGUACAAUACCCCAGUGACUUGUGCCACUGAAACCUUGAAUCUUCUGGCAAUUCACCUGAAACCUGAUAAACUCGUACCCCACCUGCUCAAGCACAUUGAUCCAGGCCUCCAGAGCAGUGACAUAUGCGCGAAAAAGGCGUCGUACCUUGCGUUGGCUGUUCUCGCUGAGGGCUGCGCAGAGCACAUCAGAUCGAAGUACCUUGAGUCAUUCCUUCGGUGUAUCUGCCAAGGAAUAACAGAUCAAUCACCGGUGGUGCGUAAUGCAGCUCUCUUUGCUCUCGGGCAGUUCUCGGAAUAUCUUCAGCCAGAAAUUAGCCAAUACUCACAGCAACUAUUGCCAGUUCUUUUUGAUUAUCUCGGGCAGAUGUGCGCACACCUGAAACAGGAAGGACGAGAGCCACCUUCUGUGGACAGAAUGUUCUAUGCAUUGGAAACAUUCUGCGAGAAUCUAAACGAUGCUCUUCUGCCGUAUCUCCCGACUCUCAUGGAUAGGCUGUUCGAGACAUUGAGCAGCGAUUCUCCAGUUCAUAUCAGGGAGUUGGCGAUCAGUGCCAUUGGAGCUGCUGCUAAUGCUAGUAAAGAGCACAUGCUUCCCUAUUUUCAAAGGAUAAUUGCUGUACUUGAUGUGUACUUGACGAAUACCCACACUGAUGAGACUAUUUGCCUUCAAGUUCAAGCAGUCGACACCCUAGGCGCUCUUGCCCGAACAAUUGGUGAGGAUAAUUUUGCGCCACUUGUUGGCAAGUCCCUAGACCUUGGUAUCAAGCUAAUAACUAAUACAGACGAGCCAGACCUGAGAAAAGUUGUGUACGGACUUUUCGCCUCGAUUGCUUCAAUCACAAAGAAGGAAAUGGCCCCAGUGCUGCCUCAAAUCCUAGAACAUAUCUUCAAUAGCAUCCAGAGCUCUGAAGGCAUUGUCCCUCAUUUCAAGGAUGGAGAGAGUGCUGCAUUUCCAAUAUACGAGAAUGCCAGUGACAACGAGAAUGAGGACGAAGAAGACAUCGAGAAUACAGACAACGAAGACGAUGACGACGAGGACGAGGAGGUAGCUGGAUACAGCGUAGCAAACUCCUACAUUGAGGAGAAAGAGGAGGCAGUCUUAGCCUUGAGGGAAAUCGCUCAUCACACCGAGGACGCGUUUCUCCCUUUCCUCGAGAAAUCUUUUGAGGAGACUUUCAAACUCAUCAAUUACCCUCAAGAGGACAUCAAGAAGGCAUCGAUAGACGCUCUAUCGCAAUUCUGCAUCAAUUUCUCGAAGAUAAACACACCCGAAGGAAAAGAGGCAUUAUCGAAAGCAAUCGGGGUUUACGUUCCCAAGCUAUCGGAAAUAAUUCGACUGGAUUGCGAGCCACAGGUGGUAAUAAGUGGCUUAGAAGCCUUAGCAGAUCUUCUCAAUGAGAUUAAAGAGGAUGUUGUUACUGGGGAUGGCCACAAAGAUGCUGUUAUGAAUUGUGUGAUUGACGUAUUCACUGGAAAAAUCGAGUGUCAAGAUCAGGAUGAGGGGGAGGAGGAGGACGACGAGGCGGAGCAAGACGAAUUUUUGAUAGAGUGCGCUGGAAAUGUGUUGUCGUACUUUGGGAAGGCCAUUCAACCCGAGGAGUUUGCAUUGUAUUUUCAGAAGACUCUGCCUUAUCUUAAGGAACGCGUCAAGGAGACCAAAUCUGAGGCUCAGAGAUCGUUCGCCGUUGGUACGAUAUCAGAGUGUCUCUCUGGACUCAAGCACACAGUUGCUGCUUUUGUUCCUCAGCUUCUGCCUCUGUUCAGAAAAAGGAUUGAGGAUCCUAGUCCUGAAGUCAGGAAUAAUGCGUACUAUGGGAUUGGAGAAUUGGUGCUUUAUGGAAAGGAAGCUGUAUACUCUCACUACAAUGAGAUUCUUCAGCUAUUGUCACAGGCUCUGCAGAGAGAAGAGCAUGCUGGACCCAGGGAUAAUAUGACUGGGGUCAUUGCCAGGCUCAUUAUCACCAAUUACUCUUUGGUGGAUUUAGAGAGAGUAUUUCCAGCAUUCGUACAACAACUCCCACUCAAACAGGAUUUCGAGGAGUAUCAAGCUGUCUUCAGGAGUAUUUUGAUGCUGUAUCGGGCUGGGCAUGAAGUUAUCAAGCCCCAUAUGCAGACCCUUCUCAAGGUUGCCAUUCGUGUACUGCAUGAGAAGAAAGCACCUAAUGAAGAGACAAAAGGAUUAAUAACAGAAUUGAUAAAUUCCGCUCAGCAAGAUUUUCCCAAUGACUGGAGCACGGUAUUCACCGAUCUCCCCCACGAACUCCAACAAAUUCUCUCGGCGUGAAACUAAAAACCCUCCCAAGUGUUUACAUAUGAUUUUUCUACGUCAUCGAGCGAUUAAGAAAUUGUUGCCAACUAAUCAGAUGAUAUUGCACAGAGUGGACCAUGUUGUUGACCGACAGUGGUUCAAGAAAAAUAAUUAUUUUGCACUGGCUAAAAGAGUCUAGUCAAAGGCUAUCACUAGCACUCGAAGCAACCGAAUGUUUCUUAAAUUCUGUUUUUUUCUUCUAUUACGGUUAAAUGCGAGUCAAUAUCGUGCCUUAUUUCUAAAACAAGUGUUUUGUUUUGUUCUUUUAAAAAAAAAUAAUUUUUUCCUCUCUGGUAGCAAUUCUCAUUUGAAUUUUAUUUCCAUUUUGAGGAGCCAUAUCGACGGAAGGCUGUCGAUAGCGGAUAAUUUUCCAAGGAUAACUAACCAGUGACAGUUGAGUGUUUAUAUCGAAUAUAGUUUAACAUUGAUUAAUUUAUCUCUCAAAGUCUCGACCAAUACUCGUCGCAUAUUAUUCUGCAUCACCCAUUCAAUUUUCCAGUGAUGAUUUUUUAAUAAUCUUUAAUUGCGCGAACGAUUCUCUCAAUCGAAACUCUGAAAGAAAAAAUAAUCACUCAAAUACCACUAGAGCUGCAAAAUUCUUAUUUUUCUCCAAAGUUAUGCGCAUACAAAUGAAUUUAUGAAAUUUUCCAGUAAAAACCCCUCGUGCCCUCGUCAUUUAAGACCUCGUGAUUUUUACACCUGGAAAUCUCAACGCGAUUUGUUCACAACAAUUGUAUGGAGUUAUGGAGCAAUGUUAAUAAUUCUGAAGCACUAGUGGUAUUACAUAUAAAUAUACAACAUUUUACAUUCGUUGUGUUCCUUUGUCGCUUGCAAGGAAUAAAUAUCAGAAUGCACGUGUAAUUUAUGCUCGCCAAGCAAUUGGUGUAAUUGCAAGUGAAUAAAGGUUUUGCA